AUGGAUAUUACUGGAAGUAUGAGACCACUUUUUGGAGGAUAUCCUUUUCAAGGCCAAGGACGUAUGAAUCAGUUGGGUGGUGUAUUUAUCAAUGGACGACCACUGCCAAAUCACAUAAGAUUAAAAAUAGUAGAAAUGGCAGCUACAGGAAUAAGACCUUGUGUCAUCUCAAGACAAUUAAGAGUGUCCCAUGGCUGCGUGUCGAAAAUACUCAACAGGUAUCAAGAGACUGGAUCCAUUAGACCAGGAGUCAUCGGAGGAAGCAAACCGAGGGUUGCCACUCCCGAAGUCGAGGGAAGAAUCGAAGAACUCAAGAGAGAACAUCCUGGUAUUUUUUCUUGGGAAAUUCGGGACAAACUAAUCAAGGAAGGCUUCUCGGAUCCACCAAGUGUCAGCUCCAUUAGUCGACUUUUGCGUGGAGGAAGCAGACCUGGAGAUGACUCCAAGAAGGAUUACACUAUCGAUGGCAUCCUGGGUGGUGGUCGUUGUGAUGACUCAGACACAGAAAGUGAGCCAGGUAUCCCAUUGAAAAGAAAGCAACGUCGUAGCAGAACAACAUUUACUUCUGCACAAUUGGAACAAUUAGAAGCAGCAUUUCAACGAGCUCAAUAUCCUGAUGUUUAUGCUAGAGAAGAGCUUGCUCAGAGAACUGGAUUAACAGAAGCAAGGAUCCAGGUUUGGUUUAGCAACCGCAGAGCUCGGCUUCGUAAACACGCAGGAAGCAUCGCCCACUCAGUUCCUAAUCUGCCGCUGACACCUUGCCAAUAUACUCCGUCCCACGAACUCGGCCAAUUACCACAAAUGUCUUCAGGAAUAUCUCAAGUUUCUCCUGGGCUUCAUCCACCACCAAGUGUAUCUACGCCUCUACAUCAAGCACAUACAACUGUUCAUCAGGCAGUUAGUUCACUUGGUCAAAUGCCUAGUACUAUGGCUCAAGUACCAACAACCACUAUGAGUACUAGUGUAUCACUUCAAGGGCAUUCCGUUGCUAUUCCAGGAUCACUCACUAGUCUUUCAGGGCCUAAUAAUACUAUGCAAAUUGGCCAAGUGCCUACUAUUCAACCUCCUACGGCACACGCAGCUCCAACAUCUCUCUCGCAUAAUACUGGUAACUCAGACUGGUCAAGAACGCAAUUAGGGUGGGGGCAAUUCAACCACUUUCAAAGUAGUGAUUACUCGGCCAGUCAUUCCAAUCAUCAUGGACCCAGUCAUGCGAGUCUGGGAAGUCAAGUACCAGGAGCUACUAAUCCUACAGUCACUGAAUGGGGCUAUGACCAAAGUUAUGAUUAUAGUCAACAUGCACAGCUUAAUUACCAUCGCAGUGUUGGUGGAAUAUUUUAGUAUUUUUUUGCAAUUAAUCUUU